AUAUUAUUGAAUAUUAAAUAACGUUACAACAAAAUUGAGGAAUUUGAUUGAUUUGUACAUUGAAUUAACCAUUUAAUAUUUGGAUAAUGAUCCAUAGUCUAUUUAUUAUUAAUUCUUCUGGUGAUGUGUUCAUGGAGAAACAUUGGAAGAGUGUUGUUGCACGUUCACUUUGUGAAUAUUUUUUUGAAGAACAACAUAAAGUUUUAUCUCCUGAAGAUACUCCUCCAGUUAUAGCAACUCCACAUCAUUAUUUAAUUAGUAUUUAUAGAUGUAUUCCUCCAUUAUUUAUUAUUGAAUUUUUACACCGUGUUGUAAAUACUUUUGAAGACUAUUUUAGUGAUUGCACAGAAAUUAUAAUUAAAGAGAAUUAUGUUAUUGUUUACGAAUUAUUAGAUGAAAUGUUAGAUAAUGGAUUUCCAUUAACAACAGAAUCAAACAUAUUGCAAGAACUUAUCAAACCACCGAAUAUUCUUAGAACUAUUGCAAAUACAGUGACCGGAAAGUCUAAUGUUAGUGCAACGCUACCUAGUGGUCAACUAUCUAAUGUACCCUGGAGACGAACAGGUGUUAAAUAUAAUAAUAAUGAAGCAUACUUCGAUAUUAUUGAAGAAGUUGAUGCUAUUAUUGACAAGACAGGUGCUACUGUGUUUGCAGAAAUUCAAGGAUAUAUUGAUUGCUGUAUUAAAUUAAGUGGUAUGCCAGAUUUAACACUCUCUUUCGUAAAUCCCAGAUUAUUUGAUGAUGUCAGUUUUCAUCCAUGUGUUAGAUUGAAAAGAUGGGAGUCAGAAAAAAUGUUAUCUUUUAUUCCUCCAGAUGGAAAUUUUAGAUUAUUAUCAUAUCAUAUUGGACCUCCAAAUAUUGUAGCAAUUCCAAUUUAUAUUCGACAUAACAUAAAUUUACGAGAACCUGGAGGUGGAAAAUUAGAUAUUACAGUAGGACCAAAGCAAACAAUAGGUAGAAUAGUUGAAAAUGUUAGUUUGAUAAUACCAAUGCCCAAAAUUGUAUUGAACUGUAAUCUUUUUUCAAAUCAAGGAAAAUAUUCUUUUGAUCCAGUUAGUAAAAUUUUGCAAUGGGAUAUUGGAAGAUUAGAUAUUUCUAAGUUACCAAAUUUAAAAGGAUCUGUUGCAAUUCAAAGUUCUAUCAUAACUUCAGAAUCAAAUCCAGCUAUAAACGUUCAUUUUUCUAUUAAUCAGCUAGCUGUCUCAGGAUUAAAAGUCAGCAGAUUAGACAUGUAUGGAGAAAAAUACAAACCAUUUAAAGGUGUUAAAUAUGUAACUAAAGCUGGAAAAUUUCAAAUACGCGUAUAACCAAAUAGAUAAAGUGCAUGUGCAUAGUAUGAUUACCUAUUAUACUAUGAGGGAUAUAUUAUGAGAUAAUUUCAUAAAAAACAAUAGUAACAAAGAAUAACAAACAACUGACCGCCAACAUUAAAAUAA